AUUAUGGGACAUUGACUAAUUUUGGACAGCUAAGCUUUUUCUAUUCAAUUAUUUUAAAGCUAAGUAAAAUAUGUGUACUGUGUAAGUUAUAUUGUUUAAUAUUUAACAUGUGAACAUACUGGCUACCAUUUUUUAAUCUAUCUGACGAAUAAAGCAAAAACAAAAAAGGUGUAGGCCUACUAAAUUUAAUCACCAAAUACAGGUGUGCACAUUUCAAAAUGUUUUGGCAGAUAAGGCUGCUUUGUAUAAAUCAAAGUAUUUCUAAGCCUAAAAACUAGUGAACAUUUUACUCAUUUUACUCUUGAGCAUAAUAUCUAAAAAAUGUCUUCUGAUUUAACAAGAAACAUCUUGAAGAUUUGUUAAUGAUAUAAGGUGGUGGAUUCAUAUGUAAAUCAGAAAUGCAAAAAAAACGGUCCCAUAUUACCCUAAUCCACCCUAUUUAAUUUGUUAAGGAUAGGGUUAGAGACCAAAAUGGCUGAUAGACUGCAGUUCACCUCUUCAUCCAGCUGGGGUCGCUAAAUCCCCACGUUAAAGUGCAGCAGUAUCGCUUUCGUUAUCUAGCUGAGCUGUAAGAUUUAGUUACACUCAAGCUUUUAGUAUUAAACCUCUCGAAGACACCAGCAGCUAUAAUAAACCUCAGUCAGCAUUAUCAGCUGGCUGCGUCAGAAAAAAAGGGAACAGCGGUAGAGAAAUAGAGAAAAAGAGAAAAGGCGAGUUUUGCUUGUGUGUCCAGAUACUCUGUCUGUACCGAGUUACAACAGUUCAUGUUUGUUCGACAUGUACGAGCCGGACACCGCAGCCAUCCUUCCCGGCGAUGUGCUCAACUCUGCAUCGACGGACGACGAAGUGUCUCCGAGUGAUUCAUUUGACAACAAUGAAGAGGUUCAUGCACGGACCUCCAGCUCCCUGCGACCGCCGUUUUCUUGCCCGCUGCCAGUCUCCGUGGAGCCGGUGUUGUUCUUGUCCAUGUUUUCUCUGGCUCUGCAGGCGCCCCUGUCCACUCAGUAUCUGUGGGGCCGUAUCAGUGAGGACCUGGGCUACAAUGGCUCCAAGAGGUCAGAAUGCAGCAACAGCUCAGUCCUUCCCGACCCUCUGCUGAAGGAGGUGGAAACGUUGACGGCCCACUGGAACAUGUACAUCAGUCUGGGAGGCUUUUCUUUAGGUCUGUUGGUGGUUCCUCUCCUGGGCUCAUGGAGUGACCUCGCAGGUCGCAGGCCAGUCCUUAUCAUACCCAAUCUAGGCAUGGCCCUGCAGGCAGUGGUCUAUUUAGUGGUGAUGUAUCUGAAGCUGCCUGUGGCCUACUUCCUGUUGGGUAGACUGCUUAGUGGCCUCUCAGGUGAUUUCAACGGCAUCCUGGCAGGUUGCUUUGCAUAUGUGGCUGAUACCAGCGACAGGCAGUCCCGCACCUUCAGAGUGGCAGUCCUGGAGGCUUGUUUGGGCCUUUCUGGGAUGCUGGCUAGCAUCAUUGGAGGGCAGUGGCGUCGGGCACAAGGGUACAUCAACCCAUUCUGGCUGGUCCUGGCCACCAACCUGGCUUCGGCUCUUUAUGCUUACCUGUUCGUUCGUGAGUCCGUCCUACCAGACCCAAGUGCCAAGCUCCUCACCACUCGUCACCACAAGGCCAUUUGGCACCUCUUCUCAACAGGAGGCAGCACCAACGAGGCUGGAGGAGGAUUCCACCGAUGCAAGUUGUGGAUGUACAUGCUGUGCUUUUUUUUGGUGGUGACCGUACACUCUGGCUGCCGGGAACUGUUCGUGUUGUAUGAGCUGAGCUCACCACUGUGCUGGGGACCAGCCCUCAUUGGAUAUGGGUCAGCAGCUCUGCACCUGGCCUACCUGAGCAGUCUACUGGGGCUGAAGAUCAUGCAGUGCUGCCUGGAGGACUCCUGGGUGGCCAUCGUGGGUCUUGCCUCCAACAUCAUCGGGCUGGUGGUCUUCUCUGUAGCUGAUACCACCCAGCUCAUGUUCACAGGUUAUGGGCUGUGUUUCCUCUUCAUGGCUUCGACACCUGUGAUCAGAUCAAAGCUGUCCAAGUUGGUGGGCCUGUCAGAACAAGGUGCCCUGUUUGCCUGUGUUGCCUGUGUGGAGACCUUGUGUUACCUGGUGGGUAGCAGCCUCUUUAACUCACUCUAUCCAGCCACACUGCACUUUAUGAAGGGCUUCCCCUUCCUCUUUGCUGCCAUCAUCCUCUUCAUCCCCGCUGGAAUGAUUGGGACUUUGCAGUGUUUAGACCAGAGGAGAGAGCACAGAGGCUUCACAGCAUCCUGACCUGAAGGGAGGCAGAGUUAUGAUUCGUCCUGUUGUCAGUGUGUGAGGUGAGCAGCUCUGACAUAGAGACAUCCAUCAAGUCCGUUACACCGAGAGAGACUUUUGAUCUUGCCACAGCAACGGGGCAGAGGAAUAACUCUUACCUAGUUCAGAGAUAAGAUUCUUCCAACUAGCCACACUAACCAGAUCAAGAUCACAGUUUGAAGAAUCAACAAAUCAAUGACUGACCUUACUGAACAAGACAUGGUCAAAACCUAGUAUAUGGCUUAACCAUGUAUGAAAUGCUAGAGGGCUUUCAAUUUGAAACGACAGACUAAGUGGCGACACUCAGUGAGGUGUCUGAUGACAUCACUUGGUCAGUUUAUAGGGCUGGACCCUGCAGUCUAGCCAAAAACCUCUUAUUAAUCAUGCAGUUGAGUUAAGGCCUUAUGAACUAGAUUCAUAACGUCAUAAUAAUCAUUUUCAUCAUUUUGUGAUUUUAUGCAUUAAAACAGCAUAAAGAGCACCAAAGAAUGUAACUUCCACUUCUAUUUUUUCUUUUUUCAUUUCAAAAGCUGAUUUAUCACUAUUUAAGCUGUCCAACAGAAUAUCAAGCAUGGAUGCAACUUCGAAGUAAUGUUACCUCAGUGUAUUUUUUAUUCAUAAAAACAUUUCAAUCACCUGACACAGGUGCAGUUCCUAAUGAAUUCAUCAAUAAUACAGAAAUGCUUGGCACACUUUGUUUGUAACUUAAUGUAUUUAAUAAAAUG